UUUUAUUCGAAUGAUUUGUAAACAUGGAGGCCAAGUGUUAUGCUGAUUGUGAAGUAAUUUCGUCUCAAUUUAUAUAAUAUUUCAAGGAUUUUCAAGGCGUUUUGUAAGAUUGGAACCAUGUUUGUGCCGACUCCGUGAUUGAAAUGAAGGAAUUUACACUUUUGUAUUUGGAAACAUCUUGACCAACCUUGAAAAAUGAGCACAGAGUUGCCGAAAUCUCAGGAUUCAAGUGGCGAGUCUGAUUCAAAUAGUGAUUCCGAGAAUAGCACAUCAAGUGAAUGUACUGGCAGUGACUGGGAGUGCUCUAGUGCCAAGCAGAUCUCGGCUCGGAAACCACACUUUUCAGUCACUUCUUGUGACACUGGAUUAAAGCUCAAAAUAGCUGCCAUACCCAGGAAAGUCACUGCCAAGAAGAAUGCAAAGCCAACAGUCAAGAAAAAAGUUGAGGAAUCCACAUCGAAAACCAAAACUGAAAGAGCUGGGCCUAAGAAGAAGUCUCGUCUCUCGGAGAGCAGCUCUAGCUCGGAGUCUUGCAGCAAAUGUUCGUCUGACUCCUCCAGUGAUGAUGACAUUCCCUUAAAGGUGGUUUCAAAAGCACUCACACCAAAAUGCUCACCACAGAAGGCUAAAAGCUCUAGAAACACAAAGAGUGAAAGUGAGGAGGAUAGAUGUGAUGGCAUGAAGGACAAUGCCUCAAAGGCGAAGGACAAGCAAAGUGCAAAGGUUAAAGUUGUGCAAAAGACCAAGAGUGAUGAGGGUAACGAGGCUGCUGUGAAGAGGCAACGGGGAAGACCGCGGACAAAGUUCGCGUCCCCGGCAGCGGAGAGCGCGGCGUGCGGCAGCAGCACGUCGUCGUCGACGUCGUCUUCCUCGUCGUCAUCGUCGUCGUCGUCCUCAUCGUCGUCGGACUCGGACUCGGCCGACGCUGCUGGCGGGCCUGCGCAUGCGUCCAACGAUGACACCAGCGCCGCGCUUGUUGCUGCUUGCCCCUUACAGGUCAUCGACGAUGCGGACCUGGCGGAACUAUUUCCGGAACAAACAUCGGGCGCGCCGGCGCAGCCGCCCAAUUUCUCGACCUUCGCCGUGCACAGCACGUCGCCCGAACACGAUGAUAAAUCCAUCGCCGACAACGGUGACGGGUCGAGCAGUGAAAUGGAGCUCACGCCUCAGCUAGUGACGGCGGCCAUACAGCGCGCUACGGCGGACUCCUCCGGCUCGGAGAACGAGUGCUCCAACUCGGAAGCCGGCCACCAGAAUACUACCCACUACGCGUCCAGCCUGCUGCAACAGUUCGUCGCACAGACACAGCUGCUCAGUAGUUCCGCCCCGCUAACCUCUAUCAACGCAGCCGGCACGUCACUAGCCUGCGGACUCAACCCCAACCCGAUGGAUGGCGUCGGAUCCAUUAGCGACUGCGUCCUCGGACAAAUCAAUACUAUUCCAGAAAUAACACCCAUAGCGCCUAACUUCUUAAAUGCCACUCAACAUCUAAGCCCCCAACAAACUGAGGAGCUCUCACAAAUAAACAAAGACCUCGAGGAAAUAACCAACGUCACAGAUUCUGUUGGUAUCACGAUACCCAACCCGCCGAGUCUAGAGGACUGCGUCGACAACAAUGACUUCAUGAGUCUAGAUAUCACACAGGGGACUUCAGAAUUAGGCAACGCUAAUGAUUUGUUGAAAAAUUCUCCUCUCACAGUCGCUACAGAUAUGAAUCCCCUAAACCCAAUAGAUGCACAAAAGUUUGAUACAGUUAGCAAUAAUUCUGUUGAAUCUCAAGAGGACGUUAAAAAUGUCGUCGUGGAAUCCAGAAGAAAAAGAGGGCGGCCGCGUAAAGUACCUAAUGAAAAUAAGAACUUGGAAUCUCGAAAGGAAGAUAGGGCCGUCGUUAAUGUAAUAAAUGACUUCCACAAUGGAAACGACCCACCGAAUGUUUCGCCGGAUUCGGGAAUUCUAUCUAAUCACAAUUCUCCAACGCAUUCUCCUCUCCGGCGGCACGAUAUUGAUGAAGCUCAAAACAGAUUAGGAAGAAAAGCUGUUCAAAAGGAAAAUAACACCAGAGAACGGCGAAGCGUGAGAUCAAAAUCUAAAAGUCGGAGUAGAGCUCGACAUAAAUCAGAUUCCAGUGAUUGUGAUUAUCAGAAGAAAAGAGUAGAAAAUGAAAUUAAACAAAUUAAGACUGAAGCUCCCUCACCAGUCCCACUGAAACAAGAACAGAAUAGAUAUGAAAAGAAAAAGAACGAUCACAAGUUAGAUAUAGCUGCCUUAGAUAGAAUGUUAUACGCUACUGACAGGGUUCUUUAUCCUCCAAGGAAGAAAGUAGGGCGGAAACCGCAAAACAAAACUAAAGCUGCUAAAAGCGCACCUAAAACAUUAAAAGAUAAAAAUCAAUACGACUCCGCUGAAUCCGAUGAAGAGUCCUUGCCAUCAAACAGGUCUGUUCUAUCAGGAGUGUACGCAAAGCGAAAAGAAUUAAAUAGCAAGCUUGCCAAUCUACCGAAGAAGAAUAGUAAAUCAUUUAGCAGCAGUACGUGGAGAGACCAUCAGAGUGAGAACGAAGCGGCGGCGGAUGAUCCCUUAGACCCUACAUGGAAGCAAAUCGACCUGAAUCCAAAAUACAAGGACAUUCUGUCUGGGUACAAAAGCGAUCAUGAAUUCAAGCCAUAUAAAAGUUGCAGUAGACUGAUCGAAUCAGGCUACAAAAGCGACUACGGUGGCUGCAGAUCUGGCUAUAAAACUGAUUAUCACCGUUCAGGAUAUAAAAGCGAUUAUAGAUCAGGGUACAAGAGCGAUAAGUCAGGGUAUAAAACAGACUACAGCGUCAGAAGCAUGCGGCGACGGAUGAGGAAACUAAAGAAAACGAGAUCAGUGAGGGAUAGAUCGUAUUAUAAAAAUCAGAAGCACUUCGUAUCGGAUCAAGAAAUCUUGCUUCUUACGAACAAAACCUUCAGCAGCCUAACUUUAGGCCACAGUUCCAGUGACUCUGAAUGUGAUAGUUAUCUACGAAAACCGAAUGCUAGUCCGAAAUAUGUCAGUGUCUGUACCAAAUACCCAUUGGCUUCGACAUACAACUUUGGAUUCUCGAAGUUAACCCAAAAACAUGUACUGAGAGCGAAUCCUUCAGAUCCUUUUGCACCUGGACCUGUGUUUAGCGGUCUACAAAGGCCUAUGAUGACUUACAACAUAUUUAAACUGAAUCAUAAUAACAAUAACACAUUAAUAAAGUCACCAACCAAAUCCAGCUACAUCGGAAAACCUUUGCCAGCGCUUAAACCUUCUUUCACACAUAAAUUUGGAGCACCGCCUAUUUCUACCCUUACAAAACGGCCGAGAAAAGAUGAUAGAUCUUUCUCACGAACACUAUCUCCAAAGACCCGGGUGUCUAAAAAUGGAAGUUCACUUUUAGGCGGCUCAAGGAAAGAAAGUGUUUCCAAACCGCUUCCCAGUAUUUUUGAGAAAGCUAAAAAUAGUUAUAUUCCAAACAAAUCGCUGUCGAGGAACGUCUUCCUCAAUUCCAAGAAACCUCACUUGAAACCAUCCUUUCAUGUUAAAAAACACAGAAGAACAGUUGUACUAGCUCCGCCUAAAAUAAACCUGAAGCCAUCUGAAAGACCAUCUAGAAUAACUAUUAAAACCGAAAGUAAAUAUCACAGGCACAGAAGUAAGCGGAGACACCGGUCAAGGUCAGUUUCCCGCUGUCGAGAAUCGAAAACCAUAGAUUUGGUGGAUCAAAAGUUUAGUCAAGAUUUGGAUUAUCUUAUUUCAAAUUUCAUUAAACUGUGUCAAGUUGCGCCGAAGUUUGUGACCAGCAUACCGCAAAGUUCACCAAGAAGUUCACCGAAAAACGUAGAAAAGUCUGUUGUUGAGAGUAAGACUGAACCGGGCCCUCCUCCUACUAAAGUAGCUAAAAGGGGAUCCAAGAAGCGAAAGACAUCUGAUAAUCAAGAAAUUGCCACCCCCACGUCGAAGCGGCGGCAUAAGAAACAGUUAGCUGAAUCUCAAAGCAAGGGUGGCAAGGACACCAAUGAACACAAGCUGCCGCUCAAGAAGAGGCAUUAUCAUAUUAAUUCUUCAACUAGUAACUCUUUGAGUCUCAGUUUAGUAACCACCGAAUUUGACGAAAACUCUAAAAAUAGCACUAGUCCUGAAAAGUUUCUGUGUACCGAAACAGAUUGUAUGGGGGAAACGCAAAACAGUGUUUCUCAAGAAUCUCCUAAACCUAAGACUUAUGAGAAGGCUAAAAAAGGAAGCGAUAACAAUAAAAAUGUUGCCCAACCAUCUAGCUCUCAAGAUAGUAAAAAUACAAAUGUUGAAAUUACUCCAAAACUAAAACCUGGUGAAAAGUCUGCAGCAGAAACUCUGCAAGUUAACAUUGAUGAGAAUAACUCUACGCCUACAAAGUUUCAUUCCCCCAAUUCUCUGAAUGCAACAGAUGAUGAACUUUCAAAAAGAUUGCCAAACUCGGAACAAUCAGAAUUAUCAAAGAAAAUCUAUGAAACAUCUGAAAAAUUGAAAGCUGUACAUAAAAUGGUUCAUGAUUUGGAAAAAUGUCUUCCUAAAAAUAAAGAUGAUACGAAAUCUGAUCCAGCAAAGCAAGAAACCCAAAGAAUUUCGUCGCCAAGAUCUGAACCGAAAGCGUCUCCUCUUAGGAAUUCUGCUCCAAUUGCAACCCCAAAGAAAAGACACAGGCUAGAAGCAGAUAAGGCUGCGACGCACUCGAGUUUAGAUCAGGUGGUGCAAUCUCUGUCUAAGAAACUGUCGGAAGAAAAGCCAAGUUCUGUAUCUACUGCUUCCAAAGAUGUUAAUCUAAAUAAUUCUAAUGAAGAAGCAAAGGAUUCUGACAAGUCUGGUACUACUUCACCUAGUCUAUUAGCCAAUAGCAAUUUCCCACUAGAUCCACUCAAAAGUAUGUCAGCCCGUACUUUGUAUAAAAGUUCUAUUCCGCCUGCACAAAAAUCUGAAAUCAUGACGCGGAAGAAAAAUAGGUUGGAAGGAUUGACUAGCAACUUAGUUUCGAAAAUUAAUCCCAGUGCAGCCACGAAAGUACUAGAUACACUUCUAAACAAUAAUAUUCGCAAGUCUAUAGAAUCAAGAAUUUUAGAAAAAGAGAAAAGUAUCACCACCGAUACUGUGAAAUCAUCAGACGAUAAAAAUAAAAAUACUUCUCAAGUUAGCACUAGGGCCACAGUUAUCAAAUCACCUGUUUCAAAAGGUAAAGUCUUAGAAACGAAAAAGUCCAAAACAUCGGAACCGGUCGCACAAACAGUGGUCGUUAAUGUGGAUAAACCUACUGGAAUCUUUGAGCCAUCCGUAGACUUGGAAGAUCAAAUACCCAAAUCUUCAAUUUGCGUAAACAAUGCUUCAGGCGACACUAAAGGCAAGUCUAAAGGAAAGGGUAUGGACGGUAAAAAUAAUAAUUCAGUAUUAAGCCCUAUAGACCCAGAGGCGGAGAUUCCGUUAGCACUCAUUUCUGAAACACCGGAACCAGUGAUCAGACCUAAAAGAGGUGAAUCAAUUGCUGCAGUUAUAUCAGAUAAGCUUCAAGAAACUAUUGGGGGUCACAAUUUGCGCCAGCCUAAGAGAAAUUUGUGUAAAGAAAAAGAAAACGAAAGUGACGACACUACAGACAAGAAAAAGAAGAAGACAUCGAACACGCUUAUAAGAGAAAGUAAACUGGUCUUACCAACUAAGAUGCUUAUCCCCAAGAUACAAGCAGAGAGAUUGCCUAUCACAGAUCCUACAAAGAAAAUUAAUGUAGCACCAAAAGUUACAAAACCAGAAACUAAAGAUGCUAAUGAUCCUAAAAAGGAUGUUGAUCCAUCGAAGAAAAAGGCAAGAAGGCGCAAAGCUAUUAAUAGAACAGGAUUCCCAAGCAUUAAGCGGAAGAAAAAGAAGUUGGAGCCUAAUAUAACCUCCGAUAGUCACUUUACAUCUGACACUGACAAUAAUUCUGCUUUCGAUCGAGUGCCAAAAGACGGUGAAGCUAUGAGCAGUUUCUUGGAAAGAACAACUAAUAAGAAACCGGAGCUUAAAGUCGUAUUGAAUAAAGAUGACUGUCCUAAACAAGCGCGCUUAACUGUGGUAGCUUUGGAGAAGUUGCAAGGAAAGGAUAUCCCAACAACCGCUAGCAAUAAACAACCCAACAAUACCGAAACUGCUAAUGACAAAAAGAACGCAAAUGCGUCAAUUUUGAGAGCUCCAUCGUUACAAUUAAAACAGAAUAAACCUGAAAAAGAAAUCAAAAGUCUCUUUAAUAAGUGGGAAGUUCUCAGCGAAACCGAUAGUAUUCCUUCUCUGGCGAGUUCUCUUGGCAACGAUCCAGAAGAUAGUAUUCCUCUGAGCUUACUGAAUUUGAAGACUGAUACACCUGGUAAUAAAUUGGAUAACUUGGAAAGACUGAAACGCAAGACUCGUGCUAUGUCGCCGUCACAAGAAAUCGAAGAAAUCCUUUCAAAAAGGAAAAAUGUGGAAAAGAACAACAAAGUUGUCCUAAGACCGAAAUCGAGUCUCGCUGUCCUGUGCCCCAGUGAAAGACGACUAACGAGAAGUUCUGAUGUCAUCGACGAGGCGAAGUCUAGAGUGAAGAAACCAGAACCGAAGAAAGCGGAAAUUCCAGAAAAGCCAGCGAAACCUGUCAGCAUUGUCACCCGACGCAAAUCUAGAUCUUGCCAGGCUAAUAAGAAGAUCCGUGAGGUGCAAUCAAGUUCAAGGGAAAGUUCGCUGGAUACUGUUGUGGGUCGCCGACUCGGGUGCAAAUCUCCAGAACCGUCAAUUGACAAUCUGCGCGACCACGAUGAGAACGAUCCUUUGCCAUUGAAUGAGAAGGAGAUUGACUUCGAGAAGAGCAUAGACGUCAUAUCAAAGAAUGUGAUCUGCAAGAAGCGCGUGGCUUCGUCUCGCGACGACAGCCCGGCGAGCAGCGUCGAUAACAGAGACAAGCCUGUCGUUUCUAAGAGAAACCCACGGCUGAGGAAGAAGUUCUUGGUGGCUGGUCUAUUCUCAGACUAUUACAAGGAAGAUCCAAAACCGGAGGGCAAAGGCAAGAACUUGGUAACGCAGACGGAGUUCCCUCCAGGGUUGCUGGCGCCGCCGCCAUACUGCGAGCGCUGGGUGCGCCGCCGCCUGGUACACUUUACGCUGCCCUACGACAUCUGGUGGCAACAGCACUACAACCAACCAGUUCCAUCUUGGAAUUAUAAGAAGAUACGCACAAACGUGUACUACGACGUGAAGCCAUCAGCGGAGGAGUGCGAGAGUGUGGCGUGCAACUGCGCGCCUGCGUCGGGCUGCAACGAGGACUGCAUCAACCGCCUCGUGUUCGCCGAGUGCUCGCCGCAACUAUGCCCGUGCGGGGACAAAUGCAAGAACCAACGCAUUCAGCGGCACGAGUGGGCCUCCGGGCUGGAGAAGUUCAUGACGGAGAACAAGGGGUGGGGCGUGCGCACCAAGCACAGGAUCAAGUCCGGCGACUUCAUACUCGAGUACGUCGGCGAGGUUGUCUCCGAUAAGGAGUUCAAGGAGCGCAUGGCGACGCGGUACGCGCGCGACACGCACCACUACUGCCUGCACCUGGACGGCGGGCUGGUCAUCGACGGCCACCGCAUGGGCGGCGACGGCCGCUUCGUCAACCACUCCUGCCGGCCCAACUGCGAGAUGCAGAAGUGGACCUCCAAUGGUACAUUCCGAAUGGCGUUAUUUGCUCUGCGAGAUAUAGAUCCCGGCGAAGAACUGACCUAUGACUAUAACUUCUCGCUAUUCAACCCGGCUGUUGGACAGCCAUGCAAAUGCGAUUCGGAAGACUGCCGCGGCGUGAUCGGCGGGAAGUCGCAGAGGAUCACCAAGCUCCCCGUGAAGACGGCUUCGCGCACGCCUUCCAACGCUUCCAACCAAUCAGCAGGCUCUACAGGCAACCAACCUCGCGUAGGUCGCCCUCGCAAAGCCGUGAAAUGCAACAAGAAGUCAGAACAGCAGAGUGUCACUGCCUGCGAUAUCAAGAACAUGACCAUACUGAAGUAUCAGCAACAUCUCAAUAAACUAUGGCAGGAACCGCAGAUGAAACCACUCACUGCCAAGGAGAGGAAUGUUGUCAAAGAACGCCACUGCUUCUUGUUCCGGAAUCUUGAGAAUGUGCGUCGUAUCCGCGACCGCAUGUCGAUCUCGAUGCCGCCUUCUCCGCCCGCGCCGCCGACCCCCACUGCGUCUACGGCGCCCGUGGCCGCUCCCGUCAUACCAUCCACCCCGGUGGUAACCAUGGUCAACCCGCUAGCGCUCCCAGACACCAUGAACCCACAAUUAUUCCUCAACCGACUGCAGAACAUUAGGGCGAGUAAGGGAGACAGCGCGAAGACUUUAGUACGCGUGGAAGAUGACUCGACGUUGAGCAAGAAGGAGCGCUUGACUAAAGUGUUCAAAGCGCUGUACGCUGCUGUUGUGGGCGCUAAAGACGAAAAAGACAAGCCUAUAUGCGCGCCGCUACUCAAAACGAAAUCCGACCGCAACAAAAACCAAGACACCAUUCCAACACCAGACCUGACGGCGAUAGAGAGUAACCUUGAGGCUGGGCAGUACGAGUCGCCGGCGCAGUUCGACGCGGACAUGUUGGCUGCAGUCAAUGCUGUGCUGCGGGAACACGGCCGCAUGUCUACGCUGGGAUCUGUUGCUCUGCAACUCAAGAAGGUGUACAACACGGCAAAGGCUGAAUACGUGGACAUUUUGACAAAGAUUCUCGGCCCGGAGGAGCCUCUGCCGACAGGAUUCGUGCACAAAACUAAGACGGAGGAGGUGAUCGUGUGCAUCUGCGGGCUGCACGUGGAAGAGGGCCUGAUGGUGCAGUGCGGCGGCGCGGGCUGCGGCGUGUGGCAGCACGCGCGCUGCGUGCGGCUGGCCGACGCCGACGCCGACACCGCGCACUACUGCCACCACUGCCGGCCCUCGCCCGUGGACCGCGAGAUACCUCUAGACGAGUACACGGAGGAAGGCCACCAAUUCUACCUGACGCUGAUGCGCGGCGAGCUGCAGGUGCGGCAGGGCGACACGGUGUACGUGUUGCGGGACAUCCCCGUGGACGCGGCGCGGCCCGACGUCAGCCACGCCGGCGCCGCGCCGCCGCGGGGCAAGCGCGCCGAGAGGAAGAAGGUCAAGAACCUCGGCAAGGGCAAGGAGAAGGAAGACACGCCGGCCAAGGACGGCGAGGUCCGCAAGCACACUUACCAAACUAUCGGGUCAGUGCCGGUGUCCGAGCUGGACAUCUUCCGCGUGGAGCGGCUGUGGAAGGACAAGGACACGCAGGAGCGCUUCGUGUACGGACACCAUUACCUGCGCCCGCACGAGACGUUCCACGAGCCCACCAGGAAGUUUUUCCACAACGAGGUGAUGCGCGUCCCUCUGUACGAGGCGGUGCCGAUCGACCUCGUCAUGUCGCAGUGCUGGGUCAUGGAUCUUAACACCUAUUGCAAGGGUCGUCCGGUGGGCGCGUCGGAGCAGCACGUGUACAUCUGCGAGCUGCGCGUGGACCGCGGCGCGCGGCUGUUCACCAAGGUGUCGCGGCCCAAGUACCCCAUCUGCACCAAGUCCUACGCCUUCGACCACUUCCCACAGCGGCUUCGGAUCACUAGGACUUACGCUCCACAUGAGGUGUCACCUGAAUACUUGAAGGGGCGCGGCGCGAAGAGCGCAGCGCCGGCAGAGAAGCCUCCGAAGACACCCGCCGUUAAAGACAAAAAGAAACCGUCUACCGUUGCCGUAGUCGACGGUUCUAAGGGCGGCGCGGCGCUGUCCGGGGCGGCGCGGCGCGAGCAGCAGAAGGAGCGCGUCAACGGCAUCGCGCGGCGGCUGCUGGCCGCGGGCGGCGGCGCCGCGCGGGCGCUCGACGCCUCCUACCUGCUGCAGGCGCGCCGCCCGCGCCGGCCCUGACCCUGCCGCGGCUGCUGAGCCCGGCCCUGGUGGCACAAGUGCAGCUGUUCAGUGUUACGCAUAAAGGUCACAUAGACUAGGUGACAGCGCACGGCGGAAAGGGAGCGGUAGCGACUAGCGGCUAUUGAACACCUGUCUGUUUCAUAGUCACUGCCCGCUGUCGAGUUUACAGCCGUAAAGCUUAUGCGUUUCCGCACCAAUUCAUCCAAAGUGCUUAUGGCCUAAAUGUUGUUUCUUUAUAAAUGUCUCUAAUAAUUGAUAAACCCAAUUUCAUUCCCUUUCUACACAGCUAUCUCUUUCGCUACUUAUCACUAUAAUAAAAUGCACUAUGAACAGUAUUAUUUUCUAAAAAAGAAGACCUUCAUACGACAGAGACGUUAACAACUCAUACGAUCUUAAUAAAGAAAUACGAGUAAAAAUAUCAUCAACAAUGAUUU